GUCAUUCAGCGACCUUCAAGCACAUUUUUUUCUCAAGAAUCACUUUCACUUGGCUGGGUUGACUUCAGUGUAUGUCGCUCUACUGGGAGCGUGUACUUUCGAAUUCACCCACUUCGCAGAAUGUAAAUCAUUCUGGAUUGGGCGCAACGCCGACGGCUGCUGCUCAACAGAACAAUCAGCCUGCAAAUUGGGACUACAUCAACUUAGGAAAUGCUCCAUAUCAACAGCAGAACUACCAUUGGGGACAGCACGUUGGUCCGCAUGUGGAUACAAACCAUUCGACUGGUUCUUCCGUGUGUGAUCCUUAUGCAACGGCUGUGAUGGGUGGCUUUCAGCAGGGAGGAGUUCAAAAUGUUGUAUAUCCCUAUCAGCAACAGCAACAGCAUGAAGCCUCUGUCAAGACUUACAAUUCGAUACCUGCACAGGAAACGAGCGCUGAUCAAACCUUCUACUACCAGCAGCAACAACAACAACAGCAGCAACAACAACAACAAGUGGCACAAACACCGGGACCGGCGCAGACAUCUAGUCCUCCGCCGUCUAUACCACAACAGGUGCAGCAUACUUUGGUUUCGACUAAGCCACCAACGCAAGCUCCAAGUCAACAACCAAAACCGAUGGAGAUUACGCCAAGUGACGCUGUUAGCCAAACUCAGUCCGAACCGCCUGGAUAUCUGUCAAGCGUUCCGGAAACACCUUCCGCAACUAGGGAAAGUUCAGUCGCCCUUCCAAAUGAUACUGAUAGCUUACAACAUCGUAGUGAUCAAAACUCUGAUGUAGCUAGGGUGGCACCAGUUUCGGCAGCUUCGGCCUCGAUCGUCGGAGCGCAAAGGCAUGAUGAGCCAAACAGACCCCAAGAGCAUGCUCCGGUUGCGGUCGCUCAAGUCGCUCCAUUGCGACCAGAGCCCGAACCAGUACAGGUCGCUACACCUCAAACACAGCAGUCCGCUGUGCAAAUUCAACCGCAGGAUAAUGAAGUGACGGCAGCAGAGAUCCCUGUCCCUGAAACAGUCGUCCCACAACAACAACCUGUAGCGAGCAGUGACUUCACUAUGCAAAACGAACAUGCGUCAGUGACUCCCGACCUGCCUCAGGAAGGAAGUAGUCAGGCACCUGCCGAGAGGACGGAGCCGCCGCCAAGAGUUACUCCAGAGCCGACAACAGCGGGAAGUUUUCAAAGUCCAGUGACGAUCCAAGCAACAAGUACUCCCAUUGUGAACAAUGAGGCUGAGAAGGAAACGAGAAAUCCCGAGCAUAGGCCUGAGAAUAGAGAAACGACUGGCAAGGAACCCGAAAUCGCUCAUGCAUUAGCGGCAGCCGCCGAGCAAAGCGACAGCACCACUGGCUCUCUUUCCACCAAAAAUGGGCCAGAGCGGAGAAGUGUACAGAGUCGCUAUAAGAAAUUUAAGGAGCACUUUUCCGGAAUCAUGGGACGAUUGGAUCAAUAUCGAGCGGAGCCCUCACGGAGCGAAUUUCGGUCAUCUUCACGAACCGGAAAUCCGUUGAUGGUUAACGCUACCAAUAGUCUUGGUCGUCGUUCCGUUCUGGCACUAGCAAGGACAACACCUAGUUUACAAGGACGUUCUGCUGAUGCUAGCAUACUGUACAACAGUAAAACCGAAGAUGGCAACGUUUCCUUGUUUUCUCAGCCAGAACCGGCUCUGGAUUUGUCCUUUGACACAAGUCGUCCUGCAGUGUAUGGCGAUGAUUUUGUGGAUGCUGCAAGGCGAUCGCGGUUGAGCCGACUUAGCCGUCCUAGUAGCCGAGCAAAGGCUGACUUUCGCGAAACUGGUGAGCAGUUCGAUCACAGAGUUUACAAUUCAUCGUCGAAGCCAUAUCCUGGGCAAUAUCCGUCCGGCAGACGUUCAGUGCACGGAGGUAUGGGUGCAAGUAAUGCGCAAGACUAUUACAUACAACAGUCUCGAAUGUAUAAGGAACGUCGUCGCCCACAAUCUUCAUAUGAUGCUAGAGCAAUGGAAAGAUUUCAAAGAGCUGGUGGAAGGUACGGUUUCUAUGAUGUUUAUGAUGAUGCGCAUAGUAGCGUGUCUGAAGAAUCUGACACUGACGAUGCAGAUCGAGGAGAUAGCGAAGAAGAGAUGCGAAAAUAUACUCGCAAGGGAAGAUUUGGCCCAGGCGAUGGGAAUUACACAAUUGGCGAGGAAAUGUACUACUUUGGAGCCAUUCAUCUUGAUCAGGCUCGUGUACGUUCGAUUCUCAUAAAUGAUCCACCACCACCGGAAUAUCAUCGACUUCCGCCAAUCGAAAAAGCAGCCUACCUUUUCUAUGUGGCUGUAUAUAAGAAGCAGUAUAAUGAUAUGGGAGAUUUCCAUCGCAAGUUCAAUCGCGAAUAUUUCAAGUACACCUGUGAUGGUGAUGCUGACAAUAUUGCACUGUGGAAGAUAUGCAAAUCCAUGCAAGAAGAGUAUCUAACGAAGAAGUUGGCCGAAUCGCAGAAGGCCUAUGAAGCUAGUCAGCGUCAGCUUUUCAGUGAUGAACGGGAAAGUGUAGACGGCAUGAGCGAGCGGGCUAGUAUGGAUGAAAAUCAUGAUGAUCGAACUUCGGAUAUCCUGAGCAUUGAAUCGAGUCAAAGAGCACCUCUGAAACAUCGUGUGCCGCAUGCAUUCGUCACAUUUGGAUAUGGGGGAAAGAUGGUCACAGUGCACCCUGAUCUCUCCGUAUCUGUUGUACAAAUAGACGACGUCAAGACAGUUUUUGCUGAUUCGCACACCACGCGUCUUAUUGACGCUGCACAGACAUUCAAAGGACCUCUCCUCAUCGGCCAGACACCAACACACUCAGUGCGGCUCUACAUAGAACGCCAAAUUAAGCGUAUCAAAAGUUGUGAAGUGGCUUCCGAGAAUCCUCGUGACAAUGACGUGAUUGACUGUCUGCUGAUAUGGCAAUUGCUUGGCAUGAUCGUUCAACAGCAAGGGCGUGUGACUGGACCGGACAUAGCGCGGCUUUUGGUCGAGAUUGGGUCUGUGCCACCCAGGGCCGUCCCGCUGCAGCACCAUUCACAUCGUGAAAAGAAUAAUACUCCAACGGAUGGUGCAUCUACAGCUGUUGCUCCGCGUAAUGGAUCUUCCGAUGCACGAGGCUAUGAUCGUUUCACGGAUUUGCUUCUUGGAGGUCAUAUUCAAGAAGCGAUCGAAAGUGCGAUUCGGGAUGGACUUUAUGCUGAUGCUAUGGUUGUGGCAAGGCGUUUGUUGGCGCAUGAUCCAGCGAAACUGAUAGAAAUUGAAGAACGAUUCUUAGCUACCAGGCCACAGUGCAACCCUGUGGUCACACUUGUAUCCGUAGCCACCAAGAAACACGUCCCAAUUCUUAUGAACCCCACUGGUGACGAUUCUGGGUCUUGGCGCACGCAUGCUGCUAUUGUUCUUGCGAAUCUUUCAUCUCAGGAAGCCAUGGAAUCCGUAUACGACCUUGGGAAAGUUCUAGCGAAGCGUGACUAUAACAAUGCAGCAGAUUUCUGUUUCUUGGCUGUUGCCGUUUUGGCAGGAGUCAAUCCUUUCAAGACUCUUGAGGCAAAUCCCGAUGAUGGAGUAUCACGUCAGCAUAUCACGCUCAUACACGGUGGACUUCCGGACGAUGAGUUUGAAACUAUGCAGUGCCGUUACGGUUUUUCUCUCACUGACCUCCACGCUACGGAAAUAUUUGACUAUGCUAUACGACUGUCAGAUGUCAACGCUUAUUCUCCCCUUGGUGAAUCUAUCGAGUAUCAAAGAAGGCGUAUACAGUACGCUCAGCUAAUAGCAGAUUUUGGAGGCUUUGCCACUGAUGCGUUUAGAUACUGUAUGGAAAUAGCUCGUUCCAUAUGGAACUACUAUCAUUUGCUCACUGUUCAAGAAUUAACAGAUCUGUGUGACCUGGCUGAUAGGUUGAAAUUUGCCGCUUCCGCAAGUGAUUAUGAAACGUCGUGGAUCGCCAGCUUGCGUGCUAUGAUACAACAGAAAAUGCAAUAUCAGCCUGCUGAAGUCACUCAAACAGUUCCAGCAGCUGCCCCGCAGCCUGCUGCAGCUAGUGCGCAGUCCACGUAUGACAGUACACAGACUGGUUCACAGCAAGCUGAUGCUAAUACAACAGACGAUGCCGUCACUGCUCCUGAACCUGAGCUUUCAUCGUCAAGAAGGUCGAGAUCUGAAUCCCUAGCUGCUGAAGCACGUGAUUGGCACGCACAGCGCCAAGAUCCUCUCCAGAUGAGCCCGGUAUCCCCACCGGAGUCUGCGAUUAAUACGGUAGUAGAAGACAUUGAAGGCCCCGCUUCUCGUUCUCGCACUCAAAGCAACGCCAGUCAGCAACGAUACGUGAUGGAUCCUUAUUCGAACGAUGCUUACAUGCAACCACCCUCUAUACCAUCCAAUGUAGUAACACAGCAGCGGCAAGGUAGCAUGGAUGAAGGCUAUACGAAUUCGGAUGACACUAGCGCACGUUCUACUUUGGAAAGUACCCCGAGUCAUCAUGCCGAUGCUUUAGCGGCCCAGCAGCCCAUGCCGGACCUUUCGCAUUAUCCGCCACCUCUGCCUGCACAAAGUCCACAAGCAAAUCAGCAAUCUGCCCAGCAACAGUCACAGGCACGGUCGCAAUCGCAGCCACAUCCUAGCUCAUCUACGAACGAAAAUGGUCUACCGGAGUCUCACUUGAAGAAGAGCAGCUCCACUUCGGGAUCGAAAGGAUUCUUCGGGAAUAUGAAGGAAAAACUUUUGAAAGCAAUACCCAGUGGAAAUGAAAUGAUAUUGCCGGACGACAGCAAACCAACAAUCGUCUGGGAUCCUGUAAAGGGUAGAUAUGUGGGUGCUGGCGUUGAGGAGGAGUCAACAGCAGCUCCACCUCCCAAAUUAGAUGGCCUUUCUGCGACAAACACUGGUUCUGGUGGACUCCGUGCUGCUCGUACAAGUGGAGGAUCUCGGUAUUUCAACCCAUUGAACCAAGCUUCAACAAAUGGUGCUACUGCGCCCCCACCUGCACCUGUCCCAACGAUGCCGCUCCCUACACAGUUUGGAUUUAUACCCACAAUGCCUGACGACGACACGACCGAAUCUGUUGAUCCAUUCAGUGGACAGGCGAAUCCCACUGUGCAUGGAGUAGAAGUAACGCCCGCACAGUGACAUCAAGUCAACCAGGAACCAACUCACACCUGAAUGUUGCCGACAUCUGCGCAGAAAACGGGUGAAGAAUCGCUCGCGAAUCGCUCUUUCAUCCCUCUGUGCGAACGAUGUUCGGAUAAUUGGUGGACUUCUUGGGUGGUUGGGCUAGCUGUGGGAUGAUUCCGUCAAAAAUAUUAGCAAACGAAAAUAUAUACGUAAUGCUUAUCAUAAAAUUUGCUCUUUUUCAACGAUUUCGAUUGUGUCAUCAUUUUUAUUCGGUACUAGUUUUUUAUUGGGUGGUGUCAAGGAUGAUGGUUUGAUUUAUGGUUUUACUAGGCAGGUUGUUUAAUCCCUAUGAUGGGGGUACAGUGAUGAUGAGUUACUAUAUACAGAUGCCAAGGAUGCAACUUAUUGUGAUCGUUACGGCCGUACAUGUGCGUUACGGUUGUAUUAGCUGAUUUAAUAAUAUAAUUAUUUGUUUAUAUCUUGUUUGUUGUUAUAGUGCAAAUAAAUUAUGUCAUGGUUUCGACGAUAGGAAUGAGUCUUCAUUACUGCUCUUAUAUGGUUUCUUCCAUUUUUGAAUAAACUAUAAAGAUCUUGGUGGGAUAGUGUUGUGUUGGCUUUGAUUUCCAUUGCUACUUAGCAGUUACUUUUUUCGCUGGAUAAGCAGUUGUAUUUUUGCUGCUGUCGUGCG